CGACGGCUUUUUCGGGUCGCAAUGACUUGCAUCCUCCGUUGAAUGUUCGACGGUGCACGGUCGAGCGAGGAAAAUGACGGCAUGGAGAUAACGCGCAACAGGCCGUCCUUGUACGGAGACAUCGCUCACGGUCUGGGCUUCUGGACGGAGCGGUCGGCUGUGCACGAGGCGGCGGCGCAAGGCAGGGCGGCGCGGCUGCAGCAGCUGAUCCGGGACGGGGCGGCCGUCGACGCACCGGCCGUCGACUCCGUCACGCCCUUGCACGAGGCCUGCGUCCGGGGACACGCCCGCUGCGUCGCGCUGCUGCUGGCCGCCGGGGCGCAGGUGGACGCCCGCAACAUCGACGGCAGCACGCCGCUGUGCGACGCCUGCGCCGCCGGCAGCCCGGAGUGCGUCAAGCUGCUGCUGGAGCACGGCGCCGCCGUCAACCCGCCGUUCUUCACCUUCUCGCCGCUGCACGAGGCGUGUCUGCGAGGCAAUUUGGAUUGCGUGGAGCUGCUGAUCCAGCACGGCGCCUCCAUGGAGGCGCACGACUGCCGCUACGGGACGCCGCUGCACGUGGCCUGCGCCAGCAAACACUACCUCUGCGCUAAAGUGCUCCUCAAUGCCGGCGCCAAUGUAAAUGCAGCCAAGCUCCACGGGACGGCACUCCACGCCGCCGCCAAGGCGCGCCACGUGGAGCUGAUCGAGCUGCUGGUGGAGUUUGGCGCCGACCUGCACGCCCGAGACAACGCAGACAAGAAGGCCGUCCACUACGCGCUGCUCGGAUCGCCGGCGCAUCUCUGCUUUCGCUUCUACCAGGACACGCCGCUGAGCCUUCAGCAGCUGGCGCGGUUGGCCCUGAGGAGGAUCCUGGGCAUGAAGGCGCUCCACGUUUUCUCCCAGCUGGAUUUGCCCAAACGCACGCUCGCCUUUCUGUCGUACGCCCCGGCUCCCGUCUUCCAAGUCUGACCAGCGUUUUGGAAGCCUCACUCACGCAGGCACGUUGGGAUCUUUUUUUUUGAUGGACUGGCCACCGAAGCCAGAUGUGCCGCCCGACUUUUCGAGUGUGACGCUUACGCCCCUGCAAUCAUUGAAAUCCAAAAAAACAGCAAUAUUGUUCUGCUAACAGUAAACAAAUCCCUUUUUUUUUUUCAUCUGACAAGAUACGACAGUCAUCCUUCCCAAAGGUACACA